UUGAAUGUGCCCCAUGUGGAUGAUAUUGUGUUCAAUGUACCGAUAGAUAUUGAAGGUGAAUCACUGCUGGAUGGUUCCGAUACUGCUAAUUCACUACUUCCGGAAGCUAUCGGAUACUGGCAACAGGCUCUUUCGGUUCGUCCAACAAUUUCACCAAUUCGGUUAUAUAGAAAAUGUGUUUCCAAUCGCUAUUACACUCGUCCUGGUGAUAAUUAUCAAUCCUGUGAAAAAGCAUGCCGAGAAAAUACAACAUGCGGUGAAGUUAUUGUACCCGAUGAACAUUUAUAUGAUAUACGAAGAUGCGAUAGCAGUGGUCUUCCAGAUGGACCUGGAGUAAGUGGAGCUGACUUUUUGCUCUAUGUUUCAGCUGUCAAGUCCGAAAGAUGCGUUGGGGUUGAUACAGUUGCAUAUGCAGCUCAUUGUCAACAGGAAGCCAUAUUUGAUCGUCCAAUUGCCGGACAUGUUAAUCUGUGUCCAAGUGCAUUGUCGGUAGAAACGCACGAUCGUGAAGUGUUACUGUCAACGGUGAAACAUGAAAUUCUUCAUGCCUUAGGAUUUUCAGCAGGGCUUUAUGCAUUCUUUCGUGAUGAAAAUGGCCGUCCUAGAACCAAACGGUGGAAUCCAAAUAAUAAGCCAGAAUCUUUGAACGUCGAGCGUGGGUAUUAUAAUUGGGACAGCUCAACUAUUCGAACAAUUGUUCGUGAUGACUGGUGGACUGCGAAGGGACGGACUUUGCAUGAGGUGCAUGUUAUGGUUACUCCUCGAGUUCGAAAGGAAGCGAUCCUCCAUUUUGGAUGUAAAGAUCUCGAAGGUGCGGAACUGGAAAACCAGGGUGGCGAAGGUACCGCGCUCACUCACUGGGAGAAGCGGCUUUUCGAGAACGAGGCAAUGACUGGAACACACACUCAGAACCCAGUUUACUCAAGGCUUACUCUCGCUCUUUUAGAAGAUUCUGGAUGGUACAAAGCGAAUUAUAGCGUUGCCGAAACGUUGCAUUGGGGUAAAGAUCUUGGGUGCGAGUUUGCAAUGAAAAGUUGUGGUGAAUGGAUACAAAAUCAACAUUUGCCGCCGUCACCAUACUGCGAUGAAAUCAAACAUGAUGGUACUCGAUCGCUAGCAACAACUCGAUGUACUACUCAACGAGACUCAUUAGCGUUGUGUAAUUUGGUGCCAUACAAACAGCCGUUACCAGAAGAGUAUCUUAAUUUUGAUUACUUGAAAGGUGUUCGUAGUGAAGGGUUGAAGUACUACGGGGGCUCAGUAGAACUUGCCGACUACUGCCCUUAUAAUCAAGAAUUUGAAUGGAAGGCAACAAAUUUGACAGAACGACGAGAUAGCCGUUGUGAGCUGCCUGGAAACUUAGUUCCCGAGGACACAAAUACGAUACUUGAAGUCUAUGGUGAAGACUCAAUGUGCUUUGACUUAAAAACUUCAUGGACAGAAAAACGCUGCGGGAUGCUAAGAAAUUUCACUCAAUAUAUGGCUGGUUGCUAUGAGUACCACUGCAUGGACGGUCUUCUUCACUUGCAAAUAUUCAAUGGUUCAGAUUUGUAUCCCUGUUAUCAUCCAGGUCAACCAAUUUAUAUCCGACGGAUUGUGAAUGGUUGGUUACGUGAAGGGACUAUAUUAUGCCCGGCGUGCGACGACUUCUGUCACGAACCUCCAAAUGACUAUAUUGGAGAUGAACCACUGAAAGAGCCAUGUUUUGCUUGUGCUGUCAAAUACAGUCUAACUUUGUUGUUAAUUCUACUAUCAUUGCCUUCUUUUCUUUGA